UGGGUGCCCUGAGCUAUCAUUUCGGACUUGGCUCCUCCCCAGCCUAAAUGCCAGACAAGGCAAGACUUCCUCCUUGUCCCUGGGAUCAGCCAACCCGAGUACACAGGGGCCAGAGAGUUCAGACACUCAACGGGCAGCUGCCCCGCCAGUUCCAGGGAGGGCCCUGGGCCAGUGGCUGCCCCCGCCUUUAUAAAGGGCUGGCGGGCCUUGGGGAAGCCUGCACAGCUGCCCAGCCUGGAGACACAGAGAAGCCCUGCCCUAUCUUCUGCUUCCCCUGCGGGCAGCUUAGACCAUGGGAGGCCCCCACGGCGUUGCCUCAUUCGUCUUUCACGUGCUGUGUGUCUUGCUGACUCUGUCGGAAGCUGGAUCCCAGAACACCAGGGACUGUGCUCCGCGGUGCCCUCUGCACUCCUCGUGUGUCAAUGGCACUGCCUGCCGCUGCACUCCGGGAUUCAGUUCUUCAUCUGGGGAGAUCUUCACCAACUUCUUGGAGAGCUGUGAUGACAUCAACGAGUGCGGACCACCCUUGACAGUGUCCUGUGGAAAAUUAGCAGACUGCGAGAACACGGAAGGGGGCUACCACUGCAUGUGCAGCCCAGGAUAUGAGCUUAUUUCUGGGGCAACAACGUUCAAGAAUGAGAGUGAGAACACGUGUCAAGAUGUGGAUGAAUGUCAGCAGAAACCCAAAAUCUGUAAAGGCCGCAGCAUCUGCAUCAACACCCAGGGCAGCUACACCUGUCAGUGCCCACCCGGCUUGGAGCUCAACCUGGAGGACCCGAGACUGUGCACAGAUGUGAAUGAAUGUACCUCGGGGAGAAACCCAUGCCACAGCUCCAGCCACUGCUUCAACCUUGUGGGCACCUAUAAGUGCCACUGCCGUCCAGGCUGGAAGCCAAUUCCCGGGGCCGCCAGCGGCCCAAACAACACCGUCUGCGAAGAUACGGAUGAGUGCAGCUCCGGGCAGCAUCAGUGUCACAACUCCACCGUCUGCGUCAACACCGUGGGUUCAUACAUGUGUCACUGCCGCCAAGGCUGGGUGCCCAAACCCGGAUUCCAGGAUAAGCAAGUGGACACCAUCUCCUGCGAAGAGAUCUCCUUCCCCACCUGGACCGCACCCCCUGAAAUCAAGAGCCAGAGUCUCUCUGGCUUCUUUGAAAGAGUCCAGAAAAUGAGCAUAGACUUCAAGUCAGCCUUCACCCAGGAAACCAUCCAGUACCUCAUCAUGUCAGUGGAUGACCUGUUGAAAACCCCAGGGGACCUGGAGGCCUUGGACCUGUCUUCCAGGCACCACACAGCCACCUACCUGUUCUCAGGCCUCGAACAAAUCCUGAGGACCCUGGCCAAAGCCAUGUCUGGAGGCUCCUUCAUCUACCAUUCGCCUGGGGACACAGAGCUGUCCCUGAUGGUCCAGGAGCAGGGGAGUGGAAACAUCACCGUGGGCCAGAGCCAUGCACGGAUGCUGCUGGACUGGGCCGUGGCAGCUGGAGCCGAGCAGUCCGGCCCCACCGUGGUAGGAAUCCUCUCCAGCCCGAACAUGCAGAAACUGCUGGCCAACGCCUCUUUGGACCUGGACUCGGAGAAGCAAACCGAGCUGGAAGAGAUCUACGAAAGUCCCGUCCGCGGCGCCCAGCUCAGGCUUCUUUCAGCCGUCAACUUGGUCUUUCUGAGCAACACGAACACAGAUAAACUCAACUCCAAGGUCACCUUCGCCUUCUCCCACCCUUGGGAGAUGCCCGGGACACGGCAGGAGCUGAUCUGUGCCUUCUGGAAGAGUGACAGCAACAGGAGAGGGUACUGGGCCACCUCGGGCUGCCAGACGCUGGGCAGCGGGAAUGGCAGCACCACCUGCCAAUGCAAUCACCUGAGCAGCUUUGCCAUCCUCAUGGCCCACUACGAUGUGGAGGACUGGAAGCUGGCCCUGAUCACCAAGGUGGGACUGGCUCUGUCGCUGGUCUGCCUGCUGCUGUGCAUUCUCACCUUCCUGCUGGUGCGGCCGAUCCAGGGCUCGCGCACCACGGUGCACCUGCACCUCUGCAUCUGCCUCUUCGUGGGCUCUACCAUCUUCCUGGUGGGCAUCGAGAACGAAGGCGGCCAGGUUGGGCUGCGCUGCCGCCUGGUGGCCGGGCUGCUGCACUACUGCUUCCUGGCCGCCUUCUGCUGGAUGAGCCUCGAGGGCGUGGAGCUCUACUUCCUCGUGGUGCGCGUGUUCCAAGGCCAAGGCCUGAGAAAGCGCUGGCUGUGCCUGAUCGGCUACGGCGUGCCGCUGUUCAUCGUGGCCGUCUCGGCAGCCGUCAAGAUCCAGGGCUACGGCCGCCCCCAAUACUGCUGGUUGGACCACGCCAACGGCUUCCUCUGGAGCUUCCUGGGACCUGUGACCUUCAUCGUUUCGUGCAAUGCUGUCAUCUUCGUGAUUACUGUCUGGAAGCUCACUCAGAAGUUUUCUGAAAUCAACCCAGACAUAAAGAAACUAAAGAAGGCCAGGGUGCUGACUGUCACCGCCAUCGCCCAGCUCUUUGUGUUGGGCUGCACCUGGGUCUUCGGCCUGUUCCUCUUCGACCACAGUAGCUGGGUGCUGUGCUACACCUUCAGCAUCCUCAACUGCCUGCAAGGCCUCUUCCUCUUUGUGCUGUACUGCCUCCUCAACAAGAAGGUGAGGGAAGAGUACCGGAGGUGGGCCUGCAUGGUCACCAGGAACAAGUACUCCGAGUUCGCCACAUCCACCUCUGGGUCUGGCUCCAGCCACAGUCAGACUCAGGCCCUCAGGCCCUCAGAGUCUGGCAUGUGACGGCGCGGUUCUGGCCGGGCCAGCGGCUCCCGUGGCCUCAGCAGCUUCUGCACAUGCUGAAGACCUCCUCUCCUCUCCCACUGCUCUGCUCCCUCCUGCCUUGGUCCCCAUACGCACCAUGGAGAGAAGGGUGACACCUGCCAUCUGACACCGAACUCCAGAAUACCCAGCAAGGGUGGAGAGUCGGACCUACUGGGCCUGCUUCUGGCUGCCUCUCAGCUCCACCCCAGCCAGGACCCAGGGUAGGGGCAGAAGCUGGCCCAGGACUGCAGCCCCUUGCCCUGGUACACAAGGCCCAGACAGACUGAGGGCUCCUGUGCCCAGCCUGGCCCUCCCCCCUCAUCUGUCUUUGCUACAGAACAAGAGGCCAGGGUGCUGGGACUCAGCACCGGUUAAGCUAAGACUGAGGUCAGGGGUGGGAGGAGGGCAGGGCCGAAGGCUCAUGGUACAGAGGCCCAUCUGCCCCCAGGGCAGAGGGUUCUCACUGAUGUGAAGGCUGUGGAUAUUGUGUAAUGUUUUGUAUCUGUACAAACCUUUCAGUGUUGACACUUAAAAUUAAAUAUCACAUUGACAUAGAAAGUGGCAUUUCUUC